ACCCUCAAUCCAAAUGAAAAAGAUGAGAGCUUUCUCUUGAGAGUUUCAGGGUUUUAGGGUUUAAGAAAGAAAAUACAUUUUGUUUUCCAUGUAUGGAUGCUUAAUUCCUCCAACUAUGUCCUCCUCCUCCAAAUUUCUCUCGAUGUCCACAACCUUCACCAUAACUUUCAGACUAUCCUCGUCACCAAACACCCCCCCAAUACCUUCACCCCUUCUCCCCAUCCGCUCGAACCCCACUCUCACUCUCAGACUCCACCUCAACCACAAACCCAAGAUCCAAAUUUUUCAGAAACCCUCCAAAACCCACCAAAAUCUCCACCGCCCCCUGUUUUCCGCGCCACCCAACAGCUCUGAGCCGCCGCCGGACAAUCAGCUGGAGCAUAUAAUAACUGCCCAAGAAGCCCUUUUGGAGCUUCUUCAAGAAUUUGGAGCUUCUGAGGCGGAAGCUACCUUUGUUUCUUUGAAUUCGCCGAGGUAUUUGCGGAUGUUGGUUGAUGGGGUUGUAGAGUUGGAUGAGCUGGGAAUGUGGGGAGAGUGGGAGAAGGAGAGGAGAGAAUUGGGUGGGUUUAAAGAGAAGGUGAGGUUAAUGGCUAAGAAGAAGGGUGACAAUGGAAAGGUUGCGUUUUUGGAGGGUGCGGUCGGGUUGAGUCUGUCUUCGGCUAUGAAUGUUGCCAGGCAUUUAUCAGCAGAGACGCUUCCGGGACUCAUUGAGAAGGUUAACAAUGUGAAGAAAACAUUCUUUUCUGACAGUAGUGAUGGGGGGCUCAUUGGGAAAAAUGCUCGUCGUAUGAUGAUGCACUUGUCAAUUCCUAUUGAUGAAGACUUGCAACAAACCCUAUCCCUUUUUGAAAAGAUUGCAGCAAGGCGUGGAGGUCUGGAUAUGUUGGGCUCUGGGGAUGCUGCUUUCCGUUGCUUAAUUGAAUCCUUUCCACGUCUUCUUUUAUUGUCCUUGGAUCCUCACGUGAGACCUAUUGUGGAAUAUCUUGAAAAUAUUGGAGUUCCAAGAGAAUGCAUGAGAAACAUAUUUCUGUUAUUUCCACCUGUUAUAUUUUGCAAUGUUAAAGUCAUCAAAACGAGAGUGCUUGCUUUUAAAGAGGUUGGUGUGGAAGAGAAAGAUGUUGGUAAAAUGUUGAUUAAAUAUCCAUGGAUUAUAUCUAUGAGCAUUCAAGAGAACUUCAAGAAGGUUUCUUCAUUCUUUGAGUCAGAGAAGGUACCAAAAUUGAGUGUUGGUCGUGCAAUUAGAAGCUGGCCUCUUAUUUUGGGUUGCUCAACCAGCAUGCUAACAUCGAUGGUUGAACAGAUAGGUGAAUUGGGUAUUAGAAACAAGAAGUUGGGUCAGGUUAUUUCCAGAAGUCCUCAGCUAUUGAUACGGAAACCUCAAGAAUUUCUUCAGGUAGUUUCGUUUGUGGAAGAUCUAGGAUUUGAUAAAGAAACAGUUGGGAGCAUACUGGGCCGCUGUCCUGAAAUAUUUGCUGCCAGCAUUGACAAAACUCUCAAUAGGAAGCUUGAAUUUCUUGCUAGUAUCGGUGUUUCCAAACCCCACCUUCCUCGGGUUAUCAAAAAGUAUCCAGAGCUUCUUGUCUCUGACACUGAUAGAACUUUACUUCCUCGGAUGAAGUAUUUGAUAAAGAAAGGGCUGUCGCGGAGGGAUAUUGCAUUCAUGGUCCGUAAAUUUUCACCUAUACUGGGGUAUAGCAUUGAAGAGGUUUUGAGUCCGAAGCUUGAAUUCCUGAUAAACACAAUGGAGAAACCGGUGACGGAUUUGGUAGAGUAUCCAAGGUACUUCAGUUAUUCAUUGGAAAAGAGGAUAAAACCAAGAUACUGGGUGCUGAAGGGAAGAAAUAUUGAGUGUAGCUUAAGAGAAAUGUUGGCUAAAAACGAUGAAGAAUUUGCUGAAGUGUAUAUGGGUGUUGGUAGCAUGCUUGUUCCUCCUCCCCCCUAGAUGAAGUGAGAGGAGCCUAUCUUCUUUUUUUUUUUUUUUUGACAAAGCCAUACACUAAUCGAGGGGAACGAGGACUCGAACUUGAGUGCAAGGAGGUAGGUCGGCACACAGCAUUGACCAACUGGCAUGUUUUCACAUUAGCGACGAUUGUAUGUUCUUAGUUUGUAAAUAAUAAACCACAGAUAUGUACACAGUUUUGUUGUAAUAUUCAAUGUAUGGUAGCCCCCUUGCCAUUA